AUGGGAAGCAUUUUGAAGAACGUCGCGGUCGUUGGGGCCAGCGGCAGCGUUGGCAACAUUAUUCUCGACGCGCUUAUCUUCUCGGCCAGCUUUUCUGUCACUGUCAUUUCCCGCAAAGAGAGCGAGGCACUCUUUCCCGAAGGGGUCACUGUUCUCAAGUCCGACUUCUCGGAAGCCAGUCUGGAGGCUGCCUUCCGGGGACAGGAUGCCGUGGUCUCAGCAGUAGGAGCCACGGCUUUCAGCGAGCAGAAGGCAUUCGUUGAUGCGGCCAUUCGCGCUGGAGUUCAGCGCUUCAUCCCCUCUGAAUUUUCCGCGAGUAGCCAGAGUGACGCUGUGCUGCAGUUGCUACCUCUACUCGAGCAGAAGAACAAAUUGAUCAAGUACUUGAAGAGUAAGAAAGCUUCGGGCUUGACCUGGACUGGGAUUGCCACAUCGGGCUUAUUCGACUGGGGUCUUCGGAACGGCUUCUUGGAAUUCGAUAUCUCCACCCGCACCGCUACGAUCUGGGAUGGAGGGGACAAAAGCUUUACUUUGACCAAUGAGAAGCAGCUAGGGCGGUCGGUGAUCUCUGUUCUCGAGAAUCCACAGGCAACUAGCAACCAGUAUCUUUAUGUCGCUUCUGUGGAGACGACCCAGAAUGAAAUUGUCAAGACUCUGGAACAGGUGACUGGCGCUCGAUGGACUAUCAAAAGUACCACCACGAACGAGCAGGUCAGUGCUGCUGUCGAGAAGCUCACUGCCGGUGAUUUCAGUGGUGCCCUUGCGCUGGUUCCGGCCACCUGUUUUGGGAACACGCCUGGUCUUUGUGCAAACUACGUCAAGGAGCAGAAGCUUGCAAAUGAUAUGCUAGGACUGGAGAUGGAAAGUGUCCAGGAUACCAUUAUGCGCGUUGUACAGUAG